UCAUGAAAUAGCUAAGGAUCACGCGAUACACCCACUUGCGUAGUAGCGUCGUGGUUGUCACAUGAUAAUAAGAUUAUUUCUCACAGCUGGCCUUUCAAAAAAUAACAUGUAUGGAAACUGGGAGGUUUUCUACAUGUAGACUUUGCUGUUGGAGGGAAAGUCGCUGUCGACGUAUAUGAUUUAGUUACUCGAAGACAGUAUAACUAUUCCAGAUUAAGUUACUUGAUCGAAUAGACGGUGAUUCCACCAAAGAAAUAUUUAUUUUAAGGUCUCGAAGGCUACAGUUUUGCACCAGUGUAAGGUAAGAGCGUAGUUAUCAUAUUCUGUCUCUAUGAAAAUCAGUAAGGAUAGAAAUGUGAAAAUAAUGAAAACUUACGAUAAAAUGACCCAUUUUGAGAAUUCUACUGAGAACUUCAGUUCCUUCCAGCAGUUUCUUGACAGUCGUCAAUACAGUAGGAAUGGUGUUAAACGUUAUGAGUGGAUAUUUGGCAAAACAUUUCUUAGCACAGGAGGAAAAUCAUUAUUACAGAAUAUAGUUAGUCAGCUAAAACUGAAAGCAGGGGAAAAAGUUCUAGAUGUUGGUAUUGGGCUUGGAGGGCAUGAUUUUUAUAUGGCUGAGGUAAGUGAAGCAAUG